AUGGUAUGUUCAUAUCUUAAUUUAAAGUUCCUUGAUUUGGAAGGUUGUGAAAAUAUUAGUGAAAAGCUCGUGAAACAGCUUAAUCCAAAUUCUGAUGAUGAUACUUCGGAUUCUAAUGAUGAUACUUCAGAUUCUGAUAAUGAUACUUCAGAUUUUGAUUCAAAUAUCAACUCACAGAGUGAGGACCCACCUCCACUUAUUCCAACCUUUACUGAUAUAUUGGAUAAAAACAGAUUUAUUUCUGAUCUUAUUCGAGCUACUCAUCAUUCAUGGCAAGAACUUUAG